GCCCCAGCCAUGUCGGGGGCUCUGAGCAAGCGCAGCGACCUGGCCAACGACAACAGCUGCCUGGGCCCGGGGGGGCUGAGCCUGGCGCUGCACGGCCCCCCCGAGGCGCUGCCGCCCCCCCCGGGCGCCGAGGAGCCCCCGACCACCGCCAAGUGGCUGAAGGACGGGCAGAACCUGCAGCGCCGCGCGGCCGAGCGCGACCAGAACCGCAACGAGCUGCGGCCGCCUCCCGAGCAGCUGGAGCUGAGCGCCCGCAACGCCCGCAACGCCGCCGCGGGGGGGGCCCCGCUCAUCGAGGACGAGGAGGAGGAGGACGACGAGGACGGCGACGAGGACGGCGAUUCCACGCCGGUGCAGAGCGACCCGGCCACGGGCGAGUCGGAGCCCAGCGGGGAGCGCGCGCCGCGGGAGCCGGGCCGCAGCGCCAGCCGCCUCUUCGGGCCCCGCAGCGGCACGGCCAGCGACGAGGACUCCAGCUGGGCCACGCUCAGCCAGGGCAGCCCGGCCGGCAGCUCGCCCGACGACGCAGAUUCCUUCUGGACCCGCAACUCCUUUGAGACGGACUCAGACCUGCCUGCCGGAUGGAUGCGGGUGCAGGACACCUCGGGCACCUAUUACUGGCACAUCCCCACCGGCACCACGCAGUGGGAGCCCCCAGCAGGGCUGGCGCGUGGCUCGGGGGGCAGCACCCCCUGCGAGGACCAGCCGCUCGCCUGGACUGGCUUCGCCCCGGCUGAGCGCUUCGACGACGGCGACUUCUGGAAGGACCCCGCAGCUGAGGAGGAGGUGGAUGGUGAGCCUGGAACACAGGAUGCCGAGCCGCUGGCACCAGACCCGGCCUCGCUGGGCGGCAGCAUGGCUUUGGCUGAAGAGGAUGAACCUGGCUCUAAGAGCUUCGCCGUGCGCUCACUGGGCUGGGUGGAGAUGAGCGAGGAGGAGCUGGCACCUGGCAGGAGCAGCGUUGCUGUCAACAACUGCAUCCGCCAGCUGUCCCUGCACCAGCACGACGCGCCCGGCGCAUGGGGGGGGGGCCGGGCCAUGCUGCUGCUCCUGCAGAGCCAGACGCUGAAGCUGGUGGACCCGCAGGACCAGAGCCUGCUGCAUGCGCAGCCCGUGGCCAGCAUUCGCGUCUGGGGUGUGGGGCGCGACAGCGGCAGGGACUUUGCCUAUGUGGCGCGGGACCAGCUGACGCAGAUGCUCAAGUGCCAUGUCUUCCGCUGCGAGGCCCCUGCCAAGGACAUCGCCACCAGCCUGCACGAGAUCUGCUCCCAGAUCAUGGUGGAACGGCGAAGUGCCCGGGCGCUGGCUAACGGCCUCUCCGUGGACGCCUCCAGGAUGGUGGAGAUCCCCUUCCAGGUGGAGUUCCCGGCCCCCAAGAGUGAGGUGGUGCAGAAGUUCCCCGUCUGCUACCUGGGCUGCGUCCCCGUCGCCAAGCCCGUGGGCAUGGACGUCAUCAACGCGGCGCUGGAGGCGGCGUUGGCCACCAGCAGCAAAGAGCACUGGACGCCCAUUGUGGUCAACGUGGCACCUGCCACGCUCACCAUCACCCACGAGCAGACGGAGGCGGUGCUGUGCGAGUGCCGCGUGCGGUUCCUCUCCUUCAUGGGCGUGGGCCGGGACGUGCGCUCCUUCGCUUUCAUCAUGGCCAGCGCGCCUGGCGCGUUCCGCUGCCACAUGGUGUGGUGUGAGCCCAACGCGGCGGGGCUGAGCGAGGCGCUGCAGGCCGCUUGCAUGCUGCGCUACCAGAAGUGCUUGGACGCGCGGCCCCAGGCCUCCAGCUCCUGCCUGCCUGCGCCGCCCGCCGACUCGGUGGCACGCCGCGUGGGCUCCACCGUGCGCAAGGGCGUGCAGAGCCUGCUGGGCAGCCUGAAGCCCAAGCGCCUGGGGGCACAGACGCCGUGAUGCGACGGAGGCGAGGGGAGCGCAGCCACCAGACCCCACCGCUGCCAGCAGGACGGCACUGGGACGGGGCGGCCGUGCCGGAGCCGCGUGCCCACCGGGGCGCGUGUGUGUGUGUGUGAGUGUCUCCAGGCGGGCGGCGCGGCUGCAUCCCACGUGUGGGUCCCGGUGCCGUGGGGCGGCCGUGGGGCAGGGGUCAGGCCGGAGUCCUGCCCUGCGCUUGGGGCUGGGGCGGGUGCUGCCCGCCUGAUGCAUGCAGUCUAACCUGCAGCGUGGGGGCCCUCGGGGGCUGCCCGGCUCCGAGCCGCCCCUCCUGCUGUAACAGAGAUCUGUGUUGUACUAAAUAAUUAAUAAACCCAUUCCACCAG